UUUUAUUACUACUACAAAAUAUCCCAAUAUUAGUUGCAAAUAGUAUUAUACUUUUCCACAAAAAGAUAUUCAUGCAUGCAUGUACCCCUAAAUGGAUAAUCAUUUGUUUAAAUAGGAAUCGUAAUCUGGAUUGAUCUCGUUAAUCAAACAUUAGCGAAAUUCUUUUGCAAAAACCCUAAAAAGUAUUGCUGCACUAUGGAAGUUGAUGUUUUAAUUUUCUAAUAUUGCAUGAAUUUUGGGAAAAUAGCAAGAAAGAAUCAAUUUUUUUUCAAGGGAGAAAGAUUGGCGAAAUUUGUCAAGGUUAAAAAGAGAUGUUGUAUUUGUGGGUAUUUUUGUGCUGCAUUUCCUAUUUCAUGGGUUUCUUCGCAGCUUCUGGAAAUGUGGUGAUGAUUGCAAAGAAUGUAACUUUGUCUUUCGACGACGUUGAAGCUCUCUUUGCACCCACAGUGAAAGAGUCUGGAAUAGGUGGGACUGUGAGCAUUGCAGAGCCUUUGGAUUCUUGCUCGUUACUGACCAACGAGAUAGUUGCUAGUAUGAACGGCACCAGAUAUCCAUUCGUCUUGAUUAUCAGAGGAGGAUGUAGCUUCGAGGACAAGGUUAGACGAGCACAAGCUGCUGGAUUCGAAGCAGCCAUUGUCUAUGACAACGACACCACCGAUUUACUACCAAGUAAUCUCCUUUUUCUUGAGAAACUCAGAUUUGAUGCUAUUUUCAUACGAUCUGAACUUGCAGUGGCUGGAAAUCCUGUUGGUAUAAAUAUAAAUGCAGUGUUUGUGUCGAAAGUUUGUGGGGAAACACUUGCUAGCUAUGCUGCUGGUGCAGCUGAUUUGCAGCUGUUGAUAGUCCCGAGCUAUGAGAACCCAGCGUGGUCUAUAAUAGCGCUGUCGUUCACUUCUUUAGCCAGUGUUUCAGCCGUCUUGGCUACUUGUUUCUUCGUGAGAAGGCACCGGUUCAGAGGUGAAAGGCCUCUAGCGCCCCGUGUGAGAGAGUUCCAUGGGAUAAGCAGUCGUCUGGUGAAGGCAAUGCCCAGCUUGAUCUUUACAGCUGUUCUUGAAGAUAACUGCACCUCUCAGACGUGCGCUAUAUGUCUUGAAGACUACAGUGUUGGAGAAAAGCUCAGGGUCCUUCCUUGUCGGCACAAAUUCCACGCUGUUUGUGUCGACACGUGGCUAACGUCAUGGAGAACAUUCUGCCCUGUCUGCAAGCGUGAUGCAAAAACUAAAACUACAAGGCCUACCGCGUCAGAGUCCACACCUUUGCUGUCAGCUUCCGGUCCCCUACCUUCGACUUCUUCGCCAUCUUCCCUGCAGAUAGGGCCUUCAGUUCCACCCGUCUACAACCUGAGUGAUGCGCCUCGCCUCCAACCCGAGGUUGAUUGUGCAGUGUCGUCUAGCACGACCAACUACACUUCGUUGUCGACUCUUAACUCCAUCUACAUGCUGCCAUAUAUUCCGGGUGCCGGUAAUGUUUCGUCGGGGUGUUUAGGCUCUUCAAGUCACGCGACAUAGGGAGUUGUCUGUUAUUAUAGGGCAAAGUCUUAGAAUCUAGAUGUGGAAGGGAGGUUAUAACAGUGUGACUAUAUAUUGGUUGUUCAUGCUGUAAUAGCUCUAUAUGUCAAUUUAGUUCAUUUGAUUAAGU